CGACAAUUCACUCAUUGCCAGUCACCGCUGACACACUCUUCGCCAUCAUUAGAACAUUCGAACUUGUGAUCAUACUCCCUCCCUGUCGGUUUCUCCCCACCCCCGACAUUCACCGUCAUCGCCAACCAGACCUCCGCAUACGCCCAACCUGAGACGCGAAGCCCAACUCCCAGACUUCCUCCUCCGCUCGUGCCGUAUCCCUCUCCUUCUGCGACAUCGAGAUAAAUCAUGAACUAUCAGCACCUUCCCUGCAUGCAUUACGAAAGAUAAUGCCAUGAGACCUACCGCUAUUCACGAUGAGCCAGCAGACCAUGUAUUCUGGGAGCCGUCAGCCUGCUCCACACUCCUCUUCAGACCGCAAUGGCUCCCUAGGUUCUCAGUCACUGAGACCCCCACUCCAGCUGACCGAGAGCAACCAGAAUCGCGCUGCCAGAUUCGAAGAUGAAAAGAGGCGCAUCAUUGAAAGCUGUUUCAAUAAGAGAGAUCCAGAUGGCAUGCAGAUUGAAUCCUACAUUACACACGUCAAAAUCUCCGAAGAUGCCGCCUACCCAUCCUCCCCGCCUCCUCCCGAUUCCAACCCACAGAACAGGAAGGAAAGAGUCAUUCUUGUUGCUGUCCGCCGAUCCGGCAAGGUGCGUGUCCACAAGGCCCGCGAAAAUGCGAACGGUUCCUUCUCUAUAGGAAAGACAUGGCCGUUGGAAGACCUUUCCGUCAUUUUAUCCUACGUCGCCCUCGUUCCUGCCAACCGUCAACAAGAGAUGGAAAAACAGUGGGCAUCCAACACCGGAUUCACUGUCACCUUGGGGAAACCAUACUUCUGGAACGCUUCGACGCAAAAGGAAAAGGAUUUCUUCAUCGCCAGCCUGGUUAAGAUCUAUCGCAAAUACACCGGUGGAAAGACACCACAGUUGACAGGCUUCACGGCACAAGAAGUCAACGCGUUGACCGCUGCCCCAGCAUCUGCGCAAGCCACUCCUACUCCUGCACAGAAGUCGACCUUCUCUCCAGUCAUCCCGUCUUCGGAUCGAGCCACUCCUUCUCCUCAACCCUCAAAUCAUUUCCAGCCUCCGCCGAUAAUUCCCGCAGUUAGUGCAGCUCGCCCACAGUCGCCCUACGCUCCUAUGCAUCCACCUCCCAGCAGAGACGGUAAUCGUGUCGGUUCACAGGAUCAGGGGGCGUUUGCCCGGAAUGAAUACAAGCCCCGACCUCCAUCAUCUGGAGCAGUGCCACCUCUUUCCGCAAGAUCAGAAUGGACUAUGCAGUCGCGAGAAUCUCCUCGGCCCCAGCAGCCAUACGGAUCCCUCAAUGUCCAGAAUGAGGAUCGAACGGCAUCAUUGUCAAGUAGCAUUCAACCCACACCACGACCUUCUCUAAGCCCUCAACCCUCACAGUCGUCUCUGAGACGUAAUGAGCUAGCCGCAGACCAGUCGAGCCUGAUGCCUAAUGGAUUGAAUGUAUCCAAGCCAGCCGCCCUUGACUUUUCGUCUCGAAGACUUGCAUCUACCCCAAAUUCUGAUCAAUAUCGCAACGCGUCCGGCCCUGAUCAACUUUCAAGUCCUCGUCCCAGUACCGCACAUUCAACGACCACAACUGAACGAAGAACGCCAGAGCCGCCUACCGCCACUCCUGCGACAAGUGUGGAACUACCUCUACCGGAGCGCAGGCAGGGUACACCUGCAUCUACUCCAUCUGCAGAUCCCAUUCCUGUCGAGCCUACCGGUCCUCCAAGUCAGAGUAACAGCACCUUUGUAACUCCAGCUGGAACCCCGAGUGCCCUUGAAAACAUCGAUCCCAAGGGCGAGAAGGGCUAUUUCGACUCAAAACAGACGCCGCAAAUACCGCCUCUGACCCAGGAAUCACAAGUACAGCCUCCACCAGAGCAGCCUGUCAUGAAUGAGUCUCCUGGAGCGGAUAAAGCCUCUCCAAAAAUCACAAAUGAAGCUAUGGUCGCCGAGCCGGCAGAGACUGUCCCAGUUCCACCAAAGCCUGAAGAAGAACACCGUCCUGGCUUAGGUCCCAUGGUCAAGAAAAGGUCGGGCAAGGAUAUUGCCAACCAGUUUCGGAGGGCUGCUCUGGCGGCAGCCGCCACCCAAGCCUUCCAACCACGUUCCGGUGGUGCUGGUGCCCGCCUCAAGGCCCUACAAGAGAAGACCUCGAAUGAACCAGAUGGAAUCACAAGUGUCGUGCCUGCGCCGUUGACUCGAGGAAUGAGCUCUGACAGUCAAAGAGAUAGCGCUACUGAUUCGGGUGCAGUCGUCGAAAAAGAUCGGCCUUCAACGCCCAAGCCUGCUUCAGAGACGAUUCCAAGAGUUCAACUCGAAAGACAGGCAACAACUGACAGCAUACAAUCAACUGCAUCUCCUGCCAAAGCUAUACCCGCUCCAACCUUGGAUGCACCAGUGGACCAGGCUCAAUCACAGCCUGAAUCGCCAGAAAAGGCUCGGUCAGGUUCUCCCCAGAGAAAACGGCGUCAACGAUUGGAAGCCGAAGUUGAAAAACACUGCCUCUUGUUGGGGAUUGAUCCACGGGUUCUCGACGGCCGAGGAGCGGACUUCAAUGAGCUGUUGACUGAGUUUGGCUGGGAAGGCAGGCUGUCACAUCAUCCCAAGGUCGAAGAUCUAGAAACGGACAUCCGUCGAGAAAUUGGGCGUGCUCAAGCAAGCGGGUGGCUAGGCCAUGUCGAGCAACAAGAAAACAAAGUUCAAGAACUGUCGAAGGCCUUUGAUAAGGCGAUCGCCGAGUGUGAAGAGCUUGAUGGACUCUUGACUUUGUACGCACACGAACUGGACACCCUCCAUGAUGAUAUUGAGUAUAUCGAAGCUCAAGGACAGGGACUACAAGUUCAAACCGCCAAUCAAAAGUUGCUCCAGAGUGAACUUGAGAAUCUACUGACGACGUUGACAAUAUCCUCUCAAGACCUGCGGGCGUUACAAUCCGCCCCAAUUGACAGCUUAUCUGGUGUCCAGGCGAUCGAGCAAUCACUUUCAUUACUGUAUCGAGCACUGCUGACUAUCGACCCCGAGAUUCGUCAAAACAAACUUCGUCAAGCCAAUGCUUCAUCAACGCAAAGGUCUGGUUUAGGCGUGUAUGCCGACACCGAAAUAGGCCAAAUGCGGGCGGUGCGGCAGAAGAAAGAGGAGUAUCGAGAAGAGAGCCUCAUGUUUAUGAAUCGAUACAAUCAGUUCAUGAAAGCCAUGUUCGCGAAUGCAAGGCAACGCAUUAGCGAGGAUAACCUGCCGAGCAACAGUUCUUCCUCAUUGAUCUCGCUCAACCUCAAAGUCAACAAUGCGUCACGACAAGAACUUUGGGUGUAUAACCCUACGAUGCUGUUCGUCAGAGAGGUCAAUCAAUAUGAAUGGUCUCUCUUGAUACGAAAUUAUGAGAUUGUGUUCAAGGAAAACUACUCGGAUCAAUUCCGGGACCAUGCAAUGAUGAUGAGAAAGUCUGCCAGGAAACCUUCGGGAGAGGAGCUGGAAAUCCUCUUUACGCACCAAGAGAAGGAGAAAUCCGACGAGUCACUGACAUCAACGGCUGCUCGAAAGCUCACUGUCAAGCGAGGCCGAACAGUCAAGACAAGUGCUCUCCGGCGGUCGAUUGGGGGUAAGCAAGAUGGGAAACCCGAGGCGUGGGAGACUUUUGAUACGGUCCUCCAGCAGCAAGCAUCAGCAAUUGCAGAGGAGCAGAACUUUAUCGUGCAAUUCUUCCAUUUGGACUCGCAGUCAAAUACCGACUUUUCCGAGGUGAUCCAGUCGAGUGCACCGGAACAACGCAAACUCCCGAAUCUUCAGGCGAAACAGUUGUAUGAUCCGGAUCGAGACAUGGCCAAGAUUGUUCAAAACACGACGGAAGGAAUCUAUUCAUUUUGGCCUAUGGAGUUGCAGGGUUUGGUAGAGUGGGUGUUGAAGAUGGAUCAGCUGCAGGGUGUUGGGGUCUUGUUGUCAUUGGAACAGUGUCUGAACAAGUAUGAAGAAACCAACCAAGAAUUCAUCUGCCGGACUGUGCGCACGUUGCACGAACGGUUGACGGGACUGUUCCACAAGUUUGUGGACGAACAAGUCAAGGCAAUUGAGGAGACCAAGGUCAAGGUGAAGAAAAGGAAGGGAUUGAUCUCCUUUAUGAGAGUGUUUCCGGAAUUUGCAGCCGCGAUUGAGGACAUGCUACCACCAGAGUCUCCUGGUCACCACGACACGAUGGAAAUUCGAUUCAUUGUGAAUGAUGGUUACAUCAAGCUUCUCAAAGCCAUGUGGGAGUCUUUGAACUUUAUCGCCAAGGACCACCCGGCGUCCGCUGGGGGCGCCGCGCAUUCGAACGCUCCCAGCGGAGGCGAUCCCGAAGAUAAGGAAGCGCUCAACUACCAUAUCCUUCUGAUCGAGAACAUGAACUUUUUCGUGGAGGAAGUCAAAACGCAUCACAAUGUGGUGCUGGAGGAAUGGUCAGAGAAGGCUUCUCACGAUCAGGUCAUGCAUCUCGCACAAUAUACGGACGCGGUGAUCCGUCGACCAUUGGGCAAGUGGCUCGACUUUUUGGAGAGCACCGAGGCACUGAUGAAGGCGACGGAUUCAUAUGCGACCAUCGCCAACAAACCCAGCCAUUCUCGAAGUUCGGCCAAGAAGAUCCUCGCUGCUUACGAUGGCAAGGAGAUGCGUAAAGGUAUUGAGACGUUGAAGAAGCGGGUAGAAAAACAUUUCACGGAUGCGGAAGAUCUGUCGUCACAUGCAGGAAGUAAAGUGCUGAUUGCGAGGGUUCUGGAAGAGUGCAAUACUCGAUAUUCGCAUGCAUGGGACCGGAUGAAACUGAUCAUCGAGCGUGUUUACGAGUCAAGCCUGGAGAUCGAUUGGAAGAAGGAGGAUGCAACGGCUAUGUUCAAACGAUGAAGUCUUGGUUCAUUGACGAGGUAGUUUGGUUGCCAUGAAAGAGCGUGUUGUGAGACGAUGGGGUGUAUCAUUGACAUUCAUAUCAAACACAAUACAAUAUAUCAUUAGGAAUAUCGAUUGACUGCUGGUGCCUGG